ACCCUGCGUUUUCCUUAGUGCCGGAGCUGGGAGCGAAAAUGGCGGCCGCCGACGGCGAUGACUCGCUCUACCCCAUCGCGGUGCUGAUCGACGAGCUGCGCAACGAGGACGUCCAGCUACGGCUCAACAGCAUCAAGAAACUCUCCACCAUCGCCUUGGCCCUCGGCGUGGAGAGGACCCGCAGCGAGCUCCUGCCUUUCCUCACAGACACGAUUUACGAUGAGGACGAGGUGCUGCUGGCUCUGGCUGAACAGCUGGGGACCUUCACUGCUCUGGUUGGGGGACCCGAAUAUGUGCACUGCUUACUGCCCCCCUUGGAGAGCCUGGCGACGGUGGAGGAGACGGUGGUGCGAGACAAGGCGGUGGAGUCGCUGCGCGCCAUCUCCCAUGAGCACUCGCCCUCGGACCUGGAGGGACACUUCGUGCCCCUGGUGAAGCGCCUGGCGGGGGGCGACUGGUUCACUUCCCGCACCUCGGCCUGUGGCCUCUUCAGCGUCUGCUACCCUCGCGUGUCCAGCUCGGUCAAGGCAGAGCUCCGGCAGUACUUCCGGAACCUGUGCUCCGACGACACCCCCAUGGUGAGGAGGGCGGCAGCCUCCAAGCUGGGUGAGUUCGCAAAGGUCCUGGAGCUGGAGCAUGUGAAGGGCGAGAUUAUCCCCAUGUUCUCCAACCUGGCUUCCGAUGAGCAGGACUCUGUGCGCUUGCUGGCGGUGGAGGCUUGCGUCAAUAUCGCUCAGCUCCUGCCCCAGGAGGACUUGGAGUCCUUGGUGAUGCCCACGCUACGGCAAGCAGCUGAGGACAAAUCAUGGCGGGUCCGGUACAUGGUGGCUGAUAAGUUCACAGAGCUCCAGAAAGCUGUCGGGCCUGAAAUCACCAAGACCGACCUGGUGCCGGCUUUCCAGAACCUCAUGAAGGACUGUGAGGCCGAGGUGCGGGCUGCUGCCUCCCACAAGGUCAAAGAGUUCUGUGAGAACCUGUCAGCCGACUGCCGUGAGAACGUCAUCAUGACCCAGAUACUGCCCUGCAUCAAGGAGCUGGUGUCGGACGCCAAUCAGCACGUCAAGUCGGCGCUGGCCUCUGUCAUCAUGGGGCUGUCACCUAUCCUGGGCAAGGACAACACCAUCGAGCACCUGCUGCCGCUCUUCCUGGCCCAGCUCAAAGACGAGUGCCCUGAGGUUCGGCUCAACAUCAUCUCGAACCUGGACUGCGUCAACGAGGUGAUCGGCAUCCGACAGCUCUCGCAGUCUCUGCUGCCGGCCAUUGUGGAGCUGGCCGAGGAUGCCAAGUGGCGCGUCAGGCUGGCCAUCAUCGAGUACAUGCCCCUGUUGGCCGGGCAGCUGGGGGUGGAGUUCUUUGACGAGAAGCUGAAUUCCCUGUGCAUGGCUUGGCUGGUGGAUCACGUCUAUGCCAUCCGGGAGGCAGCCACCAGCAACCUGAAGAAGCUGGUGGAGAAAUUCGGCAAAGACUGGGCCCACGCCACCAUCAUCCCCAAAGUGCUGGCCAUGUCAAACGACCCCAACUAUCUUCACCGCAUGACCACGCUCUUCUGCAUCAAUGUGCUCUCGGAGGUGUGCGGGCAGGAGAUCACCACCAAGCACAUGCUGCCCACUGUGCUGCGCAUGGCGGGCGAUGCCGUGGCCAAUGUCCGCUUCAACGUGGCCAAGUCCCUGCAGAAAAUAGGACCAAUCCUGGACAACAGCACCCUGCAGAAUGAGGUGAAGCCUGUGCUGGAGAAGCUCACGCAGGACCAGGACGUUGACGUGAAAUACUUCGCACAGGAGGCCCUGACCGUGCUGGCGCUGGCCUGACCCCAAGGAUGUGCCCUGUCGUCUCCCUGACCUCCAGCUGCUGUCGGCCCCUCGGUCCCCAGCCCCUCCCCAAGCCUCUGUGCAUGUGUAUGAACCCCUGUUGGGUAGGGGUGCCCAACAGCCCAAUACAGACCCCCCCACAUUCCGAUCAGCCCCCUGCUCACCAGGGCCUCACUGCCCUUCCCCCUCCGACAGUUCAUCUCCUGUCUGGUCACUCACCCGGCACACAGCACUCGGCCCCCCAGUAUCUCCCCCACAGUCAAACACUGCAGUUUGGGGGGUGCCUCGUUGCUCCCGGAGUCCCCCAUCCCUGCACUGUCUCCCCCUCUGGAUGGCUCGUCAUGUCCCUUAGCGGCAGCUUCGCCCCUCCAGUCCCUGCCCAGUGGGUGAGGGGCACAGGAUGAGAUGGGGGGAGGGGAAGCGGGGGCAGGGCUGUGUUCAGCUGGUUUUAUGCACUGUUUCACAGCCACCUGUGUCCCUGCUCUCCUCCUUCCUCCUCCUUCGUCCCUUGUUCUCACUCCCCGAACCACUCCCUGGGGCAAGUUUUAAGCAGAGAAAAGACCAAACCUCCCCAUGGAAACAGGUUUCUUCAAUGUUAGUUUCAGCGCUGGUCAGUUUCACCCUGGGCUGGGGGUGGAGGGUGGGGGGGGUCUCCUUUGUCAGUUUCACCUUUGGGCUCUGGGCAGGUUCAUGCUGGCAGGUGCCCGCCUGAUGCCAGCCUCAAGGAGGCUGCAGAUGCUUCUCAGCCAUGGGGCAAAGGGCCUGAAACCCCCGGGGCGAUCUCUCCAGGGUGUGAGAUGCUGAUUAGAACUUGGGGGGCCCCCCCGGCCCCUCUCACCGCAGCAGGUCAGCUGACAUUCUCAAAUCAACCCUCAAAAGGGUCUGAGCCCCUUUCCCCAGCCCCCAUGGGGAGCUACUUUGGGAGAACUGAGCUGGGAUUUUACAGGCAAUGUUUGGGGUGGGGGGGUCAUGACCUUGCUCUGGGUCAUGGGGGGUGAUGUGUGUAAAAUCUGCUCCGAGUUCACCCCGUGCCCUCUCAGCGGUGGUAGGGAAAAGCCCCCACUCCUCAGGUGCUGCUGAGUGGGCAGGAAUUGGCUCAGGAUUUCCCCUGGGUUCUAGCCCCAUGGCUGUCAGUCCUGCCCCAUGCCUCUGCUUUAAGUUCUGGGGGGUUGUGCCCCUCACCUGGAAGGGGCAGGGCCUCACAGCUGUCUGGUGGGGAUUGGGGUGGCCUCUUGAGGUCAAGGGGGGUUGGGUCACUCCCACCCUUACCAUGCAAACACCUGUUCCCCAGUGUGACCCUUCCCUUUGCUGCUGCCCUGGUGGUCAUGCACUGAGCAAAUACAGGGUGAUCCCUAACCCCCCGCACCCUUUAACACAAGUCCCUCCCCCCCCCCACCCCCACCGUUAGUGAAACGUCACUUUCAAGCUAAUGGGUUUUUUUGUGGAAACUUGUUUUAUUUUUUUUCUUCUCCAUGAUUAAUAAAAUGCUCGAUCGUU